AGCUACCUUUUAUUGUUCAAGCUCAGUGCCCGUGAGCGCCGAUCCCAUGUGAGACAAGUCUCGAUGGCCUUGCCCGCGGCGGUUGAUGCUGUGGCUGCCGAGGCGCCGGGGAGACUUGCAAUGUUGCUGGACGACGGGUCGUGCCUCACCUACCGUGGCCUUGCGCAGAAGUCGUCGUCAGUGGCCCAAGGUCUCGUGGCUCUUGGCGUUUCAAGGCGGCCGCUGCUCAGCCACAUGCAGCGAGGGUGCGACUGGUACGUUCUCUACAUUGCGGCUGCACGCUUGGGUGUCCCAUUGGCUGCCAUGCCAGUGGAACCCAGUAAAGGACGAUCCCCUGAGCUGCGUUCCCUUCGCUGGUCGCAGCUUUUGGCCUUGGAGCCGCAGUUGUUGAUCGUGGAUGAUGAAGCUUUGCCAACGGAGGUGGAGCUUCGACGCUAUCACUUUCGCAAGGUCUUGGACCUCGGCGCCCAGGAGACGGACGCCUCCGUGAAGAAGUUCGUCUCCGAGGUCUCCGAGGAUGAUGUCCUGUGCUUUUGCCGGACGCCUAGAGGUUUCACGGGCGGCACGACGGGACGCCAGCGCUGCGUGCCCGUGACGCACGGCAUGGCCUGGCACGAGCUUCGGCGUUACCCGGAGGCCUUGCAUUGGCCAGGUGACCUCAGUUCUGGUGAAGGAGCUCGGGUCUUGCAGCCUUCCUCCUUGUACUGGGCCAGCGCGGUCUUUGGGCAGUUGGACUUGGCCUUGGCCCUGCGAGGCUGUGCGGUCGUCUCCGAGGCGAUGGACGUGAAGGACUUGGCAAAAGCCAUUCGAACACAUCAAGUGAAUGUUGUGGGACUUCCACCCUCACUCUUGUCGCUGAUGGAUCCCUCUGAUUUCAUUGAGACAAGGAGUCAAGGUGGAUACUGUCACUUGCGCCGACUGAUCUCUUGGGGUGAGCCUUGCCCUCCAGCGGUGGCUUCCAGGUGGGGCGCUGCUGCACUGCCCUGGCGCUUCUUCGAUGUCUUGAUCUCCACCGAGUACUGGCUUUCUUUCGUCGCCUCGGAGCAAGAUGAGAAAGGCCGAAGCCUUUUCAUGCCAGUCAAGGACUUGGAGGUCUAUUUGAAGCCAGUGGGUGAGACUGAAGAAUUUGGCGAGCUUUGCCUUCACGGCCCUGGAGUUUGUCAAAGCUUGCCUGG